AUGGAUGAUCCUGACCCGGAAGUUGUUCAGCGCCUUCGUAAAAGGGAUGAGGAAAAGUUGGCGCGUAAACGGGCCAGGAUCGGUUAGCCUUUUACAACCGAAAUGUACAAAAGCAUCAGGAUAGACACAACCGAAUUGUGCUUUGGCUCAUGCGUACCAUGUUCUACGGUACGCGAGAGGGGGCCUCGAGAGCAGUGGAAGUGGUGGACAGGCAGUCUACGAAAAAGAAGCCGUGAGGGGGUUGCGCCGUAA